GUUAUGGGUAGUAGUGUCUUUUAACAGUGUUCCUCUCUAAGGCUAACCAGGAAAACAACUACACAUCCAUAUGUGCAUUUCCUGUAGUUGACCGUGGUUUGUUUUGAAUCCGCAAAACGGGAAGGUAACGAUGAAAUAGGCGUCAUGGAGUUUCCAGAGGAUUUCAACCAGCUCGAGCUUCUGAACACACAUGGACACCUGAUCCCCCGAGGAGCCAGCAGUCUGUGGACCGGAAGCAGGGAUGAGGAGGAAGACAUGGAGGAAGAGGAGGGGGACCACAGUGAGGAGUGGUAUCUAGAAAAAGAAGAAACUCUCAAAGACAAUCCAGCGGAGCUCAUACUAUGGGCAGCGGAAAACAAUCGCCUGUCAACGAUCCACAGGUUAUUAACUGCUGAUCCUCUGCUGGUGCACUGCUGUGAUGAGGAUGGUUACACUCCGCUGCACCGCGCAGCAUACAGCGGCCACGUCGACGCAGUUUCUGUGUUGCUUGCCGCCGGCUCUAAGGUUAACCCCCGCACCAUUGACGGCUGGACGCCGCUUCACAGCGCUUGCCGCUGGAGCCGCGUCACUGUGGUGAGUUUUCUCCUGCAGCAUGGAGCUGAACUCAACGCUCAGACCAACGGAGGGCUCACACCACUACACCUGGCUGCUUCCCACACUAGCGCCUCAAAAAUAGACUCUGCCCACACAUUAGAGCUCCUCCUCUCUCAGCGGCAUCUGAAGGCGGGGCUCCGCAGCAGCAGCGGGGAGACGGCCAGUGAGUUGGCCCGGCGUAGUGGCCCGCAUUACUUCCUGUUUGAGAUGGUAGAAGACUGUGUCAAUGUGCUGCCCGUCUCAUGAAUGAAAACACACCUUUUUCUUGAAGUCCUUGUAGGUACAGCUCCUCUUAUACUACUGAAAGCACGUAUACAAGAAAAUUUAGUGAGAGUAUAUCGUACGAAAAGAGGACAUGACCUUGAACGUGAUAUAAUUUUCCAUUUAUUACUGGAAUUAGUAUUAAUAUGUGAAUCUGUUUCCACAGUCGCACAUGAACAACUUCAUGUCUGCAUCUCCUCGACUGUCAUUGUGUGAUGUUCAUGUUCGUGGCCUCCAGGAAAAGUAUAUUUUCUACUGAAGCAUCGUACUAAAUAAAUACCAUAUCUUUGUAAUAAUGUUCUCUUUGCAUCACUGAAUCUUUUUGAAAUUAAAAUAGGGCUGCAACUCACA